CAACCAACAAUCAUCAUGAAGUUCCUCAUUGUCUUCGUUGCCCUCUUCGCCGUGGCCCUCGCCGCUCCAUCCGGAGAUGUGACCAUCCUCCGCUCUGAGUCGGAUGUUGGACCCGAAAACUUCAGCUAUGCAUUCGAGACCAGCGACGGAACUGCCGCCCAGGAAUCGGGAGUCCUGAAGAACGCCGGCUCCGAGCAGGAGGCCAUCGCAGUCCAGGGCUCCUACAAGUUCAUUGGUGAUGAUGGCGUCACCUACGAGGUCACCUACAUCGCUGAUGAGAACGGUUUCCAGCCCUCGGGCGCUCAUCUGCCCGUGGCCCCUGAGGCUUAA